AUGCAAGGCAGUAAGAUAGUGGCUCAGUAUGAAGCUGAGUUUACAGCCUUAGCCAGGUAUACCCCUGAUUUGAUUUCUACAGAGGAGAAGAAGGCUUCUAAGUUCCAGCGAGGGUUGCACCUCGAGAUUCAACAUGCGUACGGCAAUGUGAGAGUCACAUAUUACCCCACAGUGGUGGAGGUGACUUAUGCCAUUGAGAGUGAUCGUGGGGAGUGGAGAGCAGCCCAUCCUAACAACCCCAAUAAACAAAUAACUAAGACAGUUGAUAUAAUUAUGAAUAUUGAAGCUAGAUCAAACCUGAUAUGGUAUAAAAAGGCUGUGUGGUGGUUUGAGAAGACUUUAGCUCUUGUUCCUUCAUCUUUAAGUGAGAUGUGGGAAUCAACUGUGGUUAAUCUUGUCCAUGCACUAAGAAAGUUGAAGAGGUACAGAGAGGCAAUUACAUGCUAUGAGAAAGCACUGGCAAUAUCAACUAGAAGUUUGAGUACUUAUGCUGGCCUUGCAUAUACUAUCACUCUGCAGGAUAAUUUUACUGCGGCAAUUACAUACUAUCACAAGGCUUUAUGGCUGAAACCAUAUGAUCAGUUCUGCACGGAAAUGUUGACUUUGGCCCUAGCAGAUGAAUGUCGCUUUGGUGUACGGACUGAAAUAGAUUCUCAUUCUGAUGAGAUAUUUAUAUAGAGAGAAUGUCAUUUAGUCAAUUUGUAGAUUUUACAUGGUAUGCUAUGCAUAUCUAUUUAUUGUAUUAAAAUAGAUAUAGUAGGCAUCCCUGUCAAAGGGGAAGACU